AUGGACAAGCGUACGCUUUACCAGCUCAUCAUCAGCCAGCUGCACGAGGAUGGAUUUACGGACAUUGCCUCGCAGCUCUCCAACGUGACCCUUAUCCCUCGCCCGCCGCAAGUGGCACCUCAGCGACUCUACCGACUCGCCAGCCAGGGCCGCACCAGAGAAGCUGGACCCGGACGCGAAAAGGACAAGAUGGCCUGGGACAAAGAGGACGACGAUGACUCGGGGUCAGUGCUGCUGGGCGCCACCGUGCGGCCCAAGGGCCUCGACUUUGAUCGCGAGAAGCGCAAGCUGGUGGCCACCGGUUCAAUGGACACCUCGGUCAAACUGGCCGACGUGGAAAAGAUGAAAGCCCACGGCGACAAGAAGGAUCACGACCACAUGGACGACGGAGCCUCUCGAAAUGUCACGCGCUCCUUCUACGACCAUUCGUCGACGGUCACGGACGUCUGCUUUCACCCCACGACGCCACUGCUGGCCUCCUGUUCCAAGGACAUGUCCAUCAAAUUCUUUGACUACUCCAAGACGCACGCCAAGCGCAGCGUCAAAUUCAUCCAGGAUGCGGUCCGACUUCGAUCAAUCGACUUCCACCCGUCGGGCGACUUUUUGUUGGCGUCUGGCAAGGAUGCACGAAUCCGCCUCUACGACACGCGCACACAGCAGGCCUUCGUAUGCCCCAACGCUGGAGACAAUCACUCAUCCACGGUGAACAUGGUCCGAUACCGCAACGAUGGAGGCGUGUACGCGUCGGCCGGAAAGGACGGCAACAUCAAGCUGUGGGACACCACCAGUGCCACGUGCAUCAGCACUUUUCCCGCCGCGCACUCGGGCAACGCAGUGACCUCCGUUCAGUUUUCACGCAAUGGGCGAUACCUGCUCUCGUGCGGCAAGGACUCGACCGUCAAGCUCUGGGACCUGUCCACCACGCGACCCCUCCGAAUCUACUCGGGCUCCGUGCUAAGCAAGCGGAGACUCCCCGCGACGUUCAGCUUCAGCGAGGACUUUGUGCUGGCCCCGGACGAGUCCGGCGCGGUGGCAGUCGCCUGGGACACACGCUCAGGUGACCUGCUCCACCGGCUCACCGGACACAAUCAGUUGGUGCGAUUUAUCGCUUCCUCCCCCGUAGAGAACGCCCUCCUCACCUGCAGUGACGACUCCCGGGCACGCUUCUGGGUGGUCUAA